GUGACAUGAAGCGGAAGCGUGGGAGAGCCACCACACUCACGCCGCCUGCCUGGAACUCCCGCCGCCUCGGACCCUCCGCUUGAGCUCGCGCUUGCCGGGCCGCCUGCUGCUCGCUCCUGGCCAGGCUCUCUCCGCUCCUGGAGCUGGGCUUCUUGCGCUAGGUUCAGAGGGGGAGGCAGAUUUUGCGAAGGUAUAUUACUUUGUCAUUAUGAGAUGUCGUCUCUCGGCCCUUCCUUUGUGCAAAUCAAAUUUGAUGACUUGCAGUUUUUUGAAAACUGCGGCGGAGGGAGUUUUGGGAGUGUUUAUCGAGCCAGAUGGAUAUCACAAGACAAGGAAGUGGCUGUAAAGAAGCUGCUGAAGAUAGAGAAAGAGGCAGAAAUACUCAGUAUCCUCAGUCACAGAAACAUCAUCCAGUUUUAUGGAGUAAUUCUUGAACCUCCCAACUAUGGUAUCGUAACAGAGUAUGCUUCUCUAGGAUCAUUAUAUGAUUACAUAAACAGUAAUAGAAGUGAAGAAAUGGAUAUGGAGCAUAUUAUGACUUGGGCCACUGAUGUAGCUAAAGGAAUGCAUUAUUUACAUAUGGAGGCUCCAGUCAAAGUGAUUCACAGAGAUCUCAAAUCAAGAAAUGUUGUCAUAGCUGCUGAUGGAGUAUUAAAGAUCUGCGACUUUGGUGCCUCACGGUUCCAUAACCAUACAACACAUAUGUCCUUGGUAGGCACUUUUCCAUGGAUGGCCCCAGAAGUUAUCCAGAGUCUUCCAGUUUCUGAAACAUGUGAUACAUAUUCCUAUGGUGUGGUUCUCUGGGAGAUGCUAACAAGGGAGGUCCCCUUUAAAGGUUUGGAAGGAUUACAAGUAGCUUGGCUUGUAGUGGAAAAAAACGAGAGAUUAACCAUUCCCAGCAGUUGCCCCAGAAGCUUUGCUGAAUUGCUGCAUCAGUGUUGGGAAGCAGAUUCAAAGAAACGUCCAUCAUUCAAGCAAAUCAUUUCAAUUCUGGAGUCCAUGUCAAAUGACACUAACCUUCCUGACCAGUGUAACUCAUUUCUGCAUAAUAAGGCAGAAUGGAGAUGUGAAAUCGAGGCAACACUGGAGAGGCUAAAGAAACUGGAGCGAGAUCUCAGCUUUAAAGAGCAGGAACUGAAGGAAAGAGAGAGACGCCUUAAAAUGUGGGAGCAAAAGCUGACCGAACAGUCCAAUACUCCUCUUCUCUUGCCUCUUGCUGCAAGAAUGUCUGAGGAGUCUUACUUUGAAUCUAAGACAGAGGAAUCAAACAGUGCAGAGAUGUCAUGUCAAAUCACAGCAACAAGUAACGGGGAGGGAGAUGGCAUGAAGCAAAGUCUACAGGCCAUGAUGGUGAUGGGCUUUGGGGAUGUCUUCUCAAUGAACAAAGCAGGAGCUGUCCUGCAUUCGGGGAUGCAGAUAAACAUGCAAGCCAAGCAGAAUUCUUCCAAAACUACAUCUAAGAGGAGGGGAAAGAAAAUCAACAUGGCCCUGGGGUUCAGUGAAUUUGACAUGUCAGAAGGUGACAAUGAUGAUGACGGUGAUGAGGAUGACAUGGAUGACAGUAGUGAAUGAAAUCAGAAAUCCAGAAUUCUCUUAAGCCUGAAAGCAAAGCAAUAAAAUUUCAAAUGUUCAGAAAAAAAGAAACUUGUAAUUUUGAUCUAUAUGAAAAAGUCAAGAAAGAAAUCAAACACUGUGGGUUGUUUUGUUUUUUUUAGGCCAGUCACAUUUACUAUGGCAGCACUCUCUGUUUAGACUACUACUGAUUUAUUUUUGCUUAAUGAAAUUUUGAAGGAAAAUAAGAAAAAUGUUAAGAAAAAAUAGACGUAGCUCACAAUUCAACUGUAAUGUGGUGCCUGAUUACAGAAAUUUCUGUGGCUUAAAAAAAAGUACAAUUGACUUUCAUGCUGAGGACAUUUUAACAUAUUUGAAACAUGAGUGUUUUGUACUGUGUAUUUGGCUUAAUUUUAUUUCCCUCUUGCUAUGGAUAAAGAUAUUUGUAUUUCAAGCAAAUGCUUCUGGCUCCUAUUUCAACCUAAAUACUUGUUUCUGCUGUUAACCUAAGUCAGACCAGUGAAUUUCUUACAUAUUUAUUUUGUAUGAAAAUACUUGGUGAUGUCAGAAAUGCUUGGUUGUGACUGAAAUUUUUGACAAAAGUACCUGAGAUCGAAGAAAGUUGUUUCAAACACCUAUCUUCGGUAAUACCCAAACAAAGAACAUUUUCAACACCAAAUUACUAUUUGUAUAGGAUCUCAUCCCAAAGUGUCCUAGUGCUUCUUGAAACACAGUUGCUUAAAGUAAAACCUGAGCAAUUUUAUCAAUAACAUGUUAGUGAAAGGAAGACUACUCAUUUUUGAAACUGACAGCAAAUGCUAGAGUCCUUUCUAUUUAUCUCUACGAGCCUUGGAGACUUAUCAAUGCACUUUCCUCUUAAAAGUUACCUUGUACUUUAUGUAAAUGAACUCACACUUUAUGUAUUAGAAAAAGGCUCCUGUUGAUGGGGGCACCACCUUCCAGCCUUUUGGGCCCUAAACAUGGCCCUAUUUUCAAUGACCAAUAGAGAUGAAAUGGUAAUCCUGGAUCCUAAAUCUAUUUUUCAGAAGAAAUUAACCAUCGUGAAAUAAAAUUCAAAGGAAAAAUGACUAUAAUUAUUUAGGGAGAAUAGCACCAGAUUCUGUAGCUGAAUAGCUCUCCACCAUGACCUAAUCACUAAUUUAGUUCUCAGACACUUCCCCAGAAUCAUCUGUAUGCUGCUAUGCCUCUUUCUGCAGUGACUCAGAGACGCCAGUGCUUCUACAGAGAAGCUGAUAGUUAUUUCUCUGGUGACUGCUUGAGAAACCUGGCAAAGCUAAGAUGUUUUCUAAAUGAAGUAGUGUCAGCAAUCUGUUUCCAGACUAAAUUAUGAAGCAAUUUAUUUUUUUCUCGAAACUAAAUCCCAUAAAAUGCCUUUGGUGGCAUUUUUUUCCCUUAAAAAAAACCUAAAGAAGGCCACCACAAAGGUUAUUAGCUACACAUAUAUCAAUUGCCAUUUCCAAUCACAUUAGCUAAUCCAAGCCUGAUAUCAAACCUCCUGGGAUUUGAAAACUUUCAUUCUCCAAGACCCUUUUGAAAGAUCCCAAAGAGAUCUAUGUAAGUUGUGCCAGCUUCCCGGCUUGGAGUAAAUAUUAAGAUUUUUUUGCAAGUGAUAUGUGAAACAAUUUUUCUUGCCAGUAGAGCUAAAAAAAAAUAAAAUAUGAGUGGCCUCAGUCUUUCUUGGGAAACCAGUUUUGAGUAGUUUUUGUUCCUGUAGUCAUUGGGAACAUGAAGGUAGAACAAUAUAGUUUCCAAAUGAAGAAAACUAGUGUCAGGCCAGGCACACAAACAGGUGAAUUCUCUUGUACCCUGAGGGCUAUUGCAAAGCAUUAGUGACCAUCCAUCAAAUUCUUCUGAGCUAUUUACACACCUUUGGAACGUGUAUUAAUGCCAAAGUCAUUAGUAUUCAUCCUAAGUCAAUAUAAAGAAAGAAUAAGUUCAUGAUGACCCCUGUUAAUUGACCCUUGGGUUAGAGACUGAGUUUGUGAAAUGCCAUACAAAAGAUAAUUCUCCUCCCACUGUUCCAACAGGAGCAGUGCCUAGUGACUAACAUACUUGUGCCCUCCAGGCAUUGUUCUGGUGGGGAUCCGAUACUUUCCAAAGCCCACAGUCUUUCAAAUUUAGGCAGAACUAUUAGUGUAGUAGUAGACAAAAAAGGAGAGAUGAAGGAAAGCUUUUCCUGCUAGGAUCCUAAAAAGGUAGAGACAAGAAUGUGCUUCAGAUCUUUCAUCUUGCAUAAGCAAAGGAAAAUGUGUCUGUGCAUGCUACUCUUCUUGUAUCUGGGCACUUUAUAUGUUAAAAAACAGAAACAAAACAAAACAAAAAACCCUUACCUUUUGAUCAACAAAUUAGGACAUAUAAACGAAUGGGAAAGUGGGAUUUACCUCCUUUUAAUAUGUCAAUCGAUUGGAAGAUUGUCGUAUUAGAAGUUAGAACCCAGAGAGUCAGGGACAGUUGGCAUUAUGUGCUUUAGUUUUGCCACUGACCAGAGCUGCUUUUCUUUGUCAAUUUCCUCAUCAGUGUAGGGAUGGUAGCAGCUGGCCAAGAUCACACUAAGAGUGUGCUAUAAGAUAAUACAUCUGUGCUAUAAUAGACCCAGUGCCAUCAAGGAGGAGAGUGUGUAUUACUCUCUUCCAAGAGCUGUAUCCUGAACUCCUUCUGAACACUCAGGGAAUACUUAGUCAUUUCACUGCUUUGGGGCAGCGUGGCCCCUUCAUUUGUCCAGAAAGGCCCAGGCAUCAAUGAAAGCGGAAAGGUGUGUUCAGAAUUAGCAGCAGGAAAGGCCCCUAGAGAUUAUUUAGUCAACCCUCUCGUUUUAGAGUUGAGGGAAUGGAGAGGAAGGAGAAGCAACAUGACUUACUUGCCCCAGGUCACACAACAAAUUCAGUUCAAUUCAACAAACAAUUAUUAAAUAUAUUAUGUGUGUAUGUAUAAUACAUUAUCAUACACAGUAUACAUUAGAUUUCAUCCCUGUCCUCAAAGAGCAUAGAGUCAAUUAAAGAGAUAUGAAACAUAUAAGAGCUGGAAUCAGAAACCAUUUCUAACUCCUAUAGUUAUGUAAUAGAUGCACUGGAUGACGCACAUUUCUAAUAAACUUCAUUUAGGUCAGGGCUACUUGAUAGUAAUUUUUUAAAAUGUAAUCAUAUUUCAGCACAACUGAUGAAAAGCAAAGGAAGAUAUUGGCCAGUGUUAAGCCUGAAUUUUGAAAGUUUCCUGCUGCCACAUCAUCAUUUCUUGUUAGAAUGAUCCUUUAUCCAGCAUCAUUUGGUAGAAUUUAGCAAAGCACAGGUUCUUCUUUGAAUCUUUAAAAGAAAUACUUAUUGAAUUAAUGCAAAAUCAUAGAGGUGGUUUUCAUUGUAUAGUUUAUAAUCUACUUUUAUUCAGCUUCUACUCAACUUUAGAAUAUCUCCCCCAAAACCUAACAUGCUAGUGUAGAUUUUAUCUCACAACUGUAACUAGCUCAUAAAAAUAUGUAUGUUGUUAGUAAGGACAGUUUGGGAAAUGCUGAGAAAUUUCAGUAUUGAAAAUGAGAAUUGAAUCUCUACAUUUUUAUAAUCAUUGUUAGGACCAGACAUCUGAAGACUUAUUAACUUCCCUUUAAUAUUUUGACUUAAUUCAUAAGGUUAUUCAAGUAGACAUUGACAGCUUUACAUUCGUAUUAGAGUGCCCACAGCUAUUCUCCUUCAGGAGUAAUAAAUCAAAUUGCCAAAGUCAGAGCAUGCAUUUUCAAAAUAAUAGCUGCUACAUGUACACUCAGCCUGAAUUAAGGAUAUCUAUAGCUUUAUCUUCUCAGCACCAAGAAUAACAAGGGGUAAAACUAGUUUCCAAGGGGAAAUGGGCUAUUGAGAUCGGUUGGAAGGACAAAAUCCAACUUGGUUCAUUCUCAAUUACAGCGUCUCCUCAGUUCUCAGAGGAGAAAAUUCAGUGAACUAGCUUUGUUACUUUAUGAUUCUGCCUUUCCCUCUACUCAUUUUUUUUAAACAGAAAUAUCUGUAUUUUAAAAAAACACCAGGGGUGAGGAACUCUUUUCAGAUUGUGGGAUCGGUGACAAUAAAGACCUUAGUUUUUCAGACUUUACCAAGCAGUUUAAUUAGUCACAGUGUAAGUGGCAAUUAGUCACACUUUAAGAGGACAUAUUUGCAGUUUAAAGGAGCUAGGAUAAAAUCAUUAUUCUGUUGUAUACUACCUGUGUGAAAUGUAACAAGUAGCUAAACUUCUCUAGGUUCAGUUUCAUUUUCUAUAAAAUAAGGGGGUUACCCUAGGUGAUCUUUGAGAUCAUUUCCAGAUAAAUUUAUGAUCCUUAUAAUACUUUAGUCAGUUCAGAUAUUUGGAACUGGACCUCAUUAGGUUCAAGGGACUUAAUAGUCAAGUCAGCCAGUCAACAAACAUUUAUUAUGAACUUACUAUGUGCCAGGCAUUGUGCUAAGUGCUGGGAUACAAAGAAAGGCAAAAACAUGUAGAACCCAGAAAAGCAAUUCACAGUAAUGCUAUAGACUUGGCCUCAUCUUUUUAUUUUCUUUUUUUUUAAAUCAAAGAAGUACAGAUUUUAUGAUUGAUAGUAAGAAAUCAGUUAUUCCAAGUUAAAUAUUAUUACACUAGCAAUAGUUUGCCACAUAUCGGAAUGAGACCACACUACACAAAUACUGCUAAGGUGUUACUAGCCAACUUCACCUACAUUUUUUGUUCAUUUUCUUUCUGUAAUCAGGCACCUUUUUACACCUUUUGCAAAAGACCCCUUUUCCAGGAUAGCAUUUAAAUAUUGUCUCAGAGACAAUCUGUUCUAUUCUUUGCUUUUUAAUGUAGCUUGAUGGGCACACAUGCGGCAUUUUCUACAAUGUAAAAUUAGCCACUACCAGGAAAAUCUGGAGGACAAAACAUUUCAUUUUCUCCCCCAGACUUCAACUUAGUGUGCGUACUCUAAUGCCUGUGUGGAGCUUUCUGGUGUGGGAAUAUUAACUUCAGAUUUAGUUUCAAGCACCUAUAUUAAAUAUUUUAUAUUGUGUGCUGAAUGUUAUAAUAUCUUUUUAAUGUCAGAUACAGUACACUGCAUUUAUUGCUUUUGCACUCUUGAAAAAGUUUUGUACGAAAUAAUAGAAAAUGAUACUAUUUAUACUCUUUAAGUGUGGUCAGAUGAGCUUUGAAUUGACAGCAUUUUCACAAUGGUUUUUUUUUUAAUAUUUUUUCUCUCUCUUUCUGUUGGGAUAUUAUUCUGAGCAAGGCCGGUGCCAGAAUUUUGUAUAAGAAUCUGUAUGGAGCAUGAAAUUAUAGUCUUGUGUGGUGAGACUUUUCCGUCAUUGUCUUACAUCCUAGUAGGAACUUAAUAUUCCAAUACAAAGCCAGCAAUGUAUUCAGUAAUCUCAAUGGUGUCAUACAUUUCAUUUUGAUGUGAACUUUUUUCCUUUGCUUUCCUUUGUUCUAAAACUCUAUUUUGCAAUAAACAUUUUGACAGUAAA